AUGUUACCACUGGCAAAGAAGCGAAAGAUUUCAGAGCCCGGCGAUGACCAGGGAAAAGAUGACUCGAAGAAGAAUAGAACAACUCUUGCAUCUCUAAGCAGGUCUGUCACGCCGCCAUUGACUAGCCGCGAGAGACGACCUCCCGAGAACCAGCACGACCAGCACACUGAUCAUAUCAAGAGAAAUAAUGAAACUAAUGCCGAUAUAAUUGAGGGACGACCACGUGUUAUACCUUCACCUUUUCAACUCACACAUAUUCGGGAUCUUCCUUCUGACAAAAAUGUCGACACCGUUCAAUUACACGACAUUCUGGGUGACCCGAUGAUUCGAGAAUGUUGGCAAUUCAACUACUGUUUUGAUGUUGACUUUGUCAUGAGCCAGUUUGAUCAGGAUGUGAAAGAUCUUGUGCAAGUAAAAAUUGUGCAUGGAUCCUGGAAACAAGACUCUCCGAAUCGACUUCGAAUAGAUGAAGCGUGUGCUCGCUAUCCAAAUGUUGAACCAAUCGUAGCUUACAUGCCGGAACCCUUUGGAACCCAUCAUUCGAAAAUGAUGAUCCUUCUUCGACAUGACGACCUCGCCCAAGUUAUUAUCCAUACAGCUAAUAUGCUUGCUGGAGAUUGGACAAACAUGUCGCAAGCUCUUUGGCGAUCGCCGCUUCUUCCUCUGUCUUCGACGCCAUAUAAUCCGGCGACGGAAGAAGCGGCUGUAUUCGGGACUGGAGCGAGAUUCAAGCGAGACCUUCUAGCCUAUCUCGAGUUUUAUGGAAGGAGGAAGACCGGUUCGCUAGUCGAUCAGCUCCGAAAAUUCGACUUCUAUGCUAUUCGUGCUGUAUUGGUAGCCAGUGUCCCUUCGAAAGAAAGACUGAGCAGGAUGAAUUCAAGUCAGUCAACGCUAUGGGGCUGGCCAGCACUGAAGGAUGCUCUACGUCAAAUCUCCCUGAGUGAUAAUGAGCACAUUGAAGAUCCCCAUGUGGUGAUACAGGUUUCUUCAAUCGCGUCGCUUGGCCAGACAGAUAAGUGGCUUAAAGAUGUCCUGUUUGACAGUCUUUGUCCAAGUUCCAUCUUGCCCAAUGCCAGUAAGAGAUGUAACCCUAAAUUCUCUAUAGUAUUUCCUACACCUGACGAAAUUCGACGGUCACUGAACGGAUACGGGUCGGGCGGCUCUAUACAUAUGAAGUUACAAAGCGUUGCGCAGCAAAAACAACUUCAAUAUAUGCGACCCUACUUAUGUCACUGGGCUGGUGACCAAGAGCAAACUCCUGUGAGAAUAUCACGUACAAAUGCUGAAGUACCCAGCAAUAUUCAGAGUACAGAUGCAGGUCGACGCCGUGCUGCCCCGCAUAUCAAAACUUACAUACGAUUUUCAGACAAGACCAAGAUGGAUAGUAUCGACUGGGUUAUGAUCACUUCUGCUAAUUUAUCCACGCAAGCAUGGGGAGCUGCACCCAACUCCAAUGGAGAAGUUCGAAUAUGCAGUUGGGAGAUUGGGGUGCUUGUUUGGCCUCAACUAAUAGUAGGGGAUUCACCAGAACCUGGUGCUGAAAGGCCGAAAAUGGUGCCUUGUUUCCAGAAGGACAGGCCGGAGUUACCCAAUAACAAUGACAUUACGCCUAUUGUGGGCUUUCGCAUGCCGUAUGAUCUCCCACUUGCACGAUACGGAGUGCAAGAUGUUCCUUGGUGCGCCACGAUUAACCAUCCAGAGCCUGACUGGUUAGGGCAGAGCUGGGAACCAUGA